AUGAACCUCAAUAAAGUUCAACGAUUUUCUAACACCCCAACAAAGCUAGGACACAUCUCUUUAUCCCAACCCCCAAAAAUCACUCUUUCUCAAUCAGUCACCAACAAAGUUUCCCAAAUUUACAAGAACUCUCCAUAUGCACGUCCAAACUCACGCUCAAAAUCUUCUCCUCACAAGGCUGACCCUUCCCCAGCGAGAAUUCGUCGAGCUACUCCUACAAUAAAAAAAAAUUCCUCAAGUUCCCUUCUACAAACCCAGUCAAUCCCUCCUCAAAAACGGACUUCUUCACAUUCAAAUUUGCCACUUCUCAAUGAAAGUAUUGAUAAUUUUACAGUCAUAAAGCCUAAUAGACAAGGCCACAGCGUAAAUUUGUCAUUUAAUAAUUCCUUCAAAAUUCCUUCACAAGGGAAUGACUCUAAAGGGUCUCCGAAAAUCCCGUCAAGGCAAAGUACGGCGUCGACAGAAAUUCAGUUUCUUGAAGGCAAGCUUUCACAGAAACUAAGUGAGUUAUCACAAAAAGACAGGCUUCAGACAGUAGGGAAGCUUAAUGUGUAUAGAGAAAUUUUCCAGGAAAUUAUAAAUAAGGACACGAUUUAUGGAACUUUGUUAGCAAAAAUACAAAAGGCGUAUGAUGAAGCGCUAACAGAAAGAAAUACCUUGAAGGCUUUAAAUAUAUAAAAUUUGUUAAAUAAUAAUAAUUUAUUUUAAUAAAAGUUCUUUAAUUUGUAUAGAAAGUAAGAAAAUAAAUAGGAUUUUUAUAGGAUAUAUAUAGUAAAUUAUAUACAAAUGAAUUAGAAUCAAAAGUAGAAGACUUAAACAGAAAAUUAACUAACUGUGCAGAAAGCAAAAGGUCGCUUGAAAAAAAAAUUGAGCGAGUUUUGAAAGAAAACCAAGCUUUGAAUAUAAAGCUUGAAGACAAAGAAACCAGAUAUGAAGAAUUGCAAGGCAAGCUUUAUAAGAUAUCUCAAGUUAAUGUAGAAGGAGUCGACAUGAAUGAAGAAAGCUGAAAAUUCAUUAUUGCUGAAAACAAAGCAUAUGCUGACUUAUGUCAAAAAAUGAAAACUGAUAUGCAAGAAUUAUUUAUAUAUAUGUAGCAGAAAAUUAAUUUAUUAAAUAGGUUUGGACUAGUCAAAUUAAAUUUAAAAAAAUAUAUUAAAAAUUACAAAUACAAAGAAAAAAAACUAUUAAAACUUGUAAUGGCGCUUAAAAAGCGAGGAUACCCAGUUGAAGAAGUAUAUGACCAAGACGUCCAGAAAAAGAAGAAAGAAAUGCCAAAGUAUGAAGGAUCUGAUGAGCCUGAAGAUAAUUCAGAAAAUGAGCAGCUAGUUAGUGGGAGACCAAAAGAUGUGAAGAAGCCUCAGAAUAUUCCAAGUUUAAAAUUGGAAGAAAUUCAACAUGAAACGUUUUCGUCAUCUUCGUCUUCGAGCUAUUCAGAGUCCAAUGAAUCGUCAUCGUCUUCAUCAAAAGCUUAA